AUGCCCUUGGCUUUCUGCGGCAGCGAGAACGACUCGGCCGCCUACAAGGUGGACCAGGGCGUUCUGAACAACGGCUGCUUCGUGGAUGCGCUCAACGUGGUCCCUCACGUCUUCCUUUUCUUCAUCACUUUCCCCAUCCUCUUCAUCGGAUGGGGCAGCCAGAGUGCAAAAGUUCACAUCCACCAUAGCACAUGGCUCCACUUCCCGGGCCACAAUCUCCGCUGGAUCUUGACCUUCAUGCUGCUCUUUGUCCUUGUGUGUGAGAUUGCGGAGGGUGUCCUGUCAGAUGGGGUGGCCGACUCCCGUCAUCUGCAUCUGUACAUGCCUGCCGGGAUGGCGUUUUUGGCAGCUAUCACCUCUGUCGUCUACUAUCACAACAUAGAGACCUCCAACUUUCCUAAGCUGCUGAUUGCCUUGUUGAUUUACUGGACUCUGGCCUUCAUAACCAAGACCAUCAAGUUUGUCAAGUUUUAUGACAAUGCAAUUGGAUUUUCUCAGCUCCGCUUCUGCCUCACUGGGUUGCUGGUCAUCCUCUAUGGAAUGCUCCUGACUGUGGAAAUCAAUGUCAUCAGAGUGAGGAGAUAUGUGUUCUUCAAGACUCCCAAGGAGGUGAAGCCACCAGAGGACCUGCAGGAUCUGGGUGUACGCUUCCUGCAGCCCUUUGUGAACCUGCUGUCCAAGGGGACCUACUGGUGGAUGAACACCUUCAUCAAGACAGCCCAUAAGAAACCCAUUGACCUAAAGGCCAUCGGGAAGCUGCCCAUUGCCAUGAGGGCCCGAACUAACUACCUGCGCCUCCGGGAGGCCUUUGAAGCCCAGAAGGGGAAGGGCUCCAGAUAUUCCCAGGGCUCCCGGGCCAUCUGGUGUGCUCUCUCCCAUGCCUUUGGGAGAAGGCUGGUCCUCAGCAGCACAUUCCGGAUCUUGGCUGACUUCCUAGGAUUUGCGGGGCCACUGUGCAUUUUUGGAAUUGUCAACCACCUUGGGAAAGAAAACGGAGUCUUCCAGCCAAAGACUAAGUUCCUCGGUGUUUACUUUGUCUCAUCCGAAGAGUUCCUUGCCAAUGCCUAUGUGUUGGCUGUGCUCUUGUUUCUUGCCCUUCUGCUACAGAGGACAUUUCUGCAAGCAUCCUACUAUGUCGCCAUUGAAACUGGAAUCAACCUAAGAGGAGCCAUACAGACCAAGAUUUAUAACAAAAUCAUGCAUCUUUCCACAUCUAACCUGUCCAUGGGAGAAAUGACUGCCGGACAAAUCUGUAAUUUGGUUGCCAUUGACACCAACCAGCUCAUGUGGUUCUUCUUCUUGUGCCCAAACCUCUGGGCGAUGCCUGCGCAGAUCAUUGUGGGGGUAAUUCUUCUCUACUAUCUCCUUGGGAUCAGCGCCUUAAUUGGAGCAGUGGUCAUCAUUGUCUUGGCUCCUAUCCAGUACUUUGUGGCUACCAAGCUCUCCCAAGCCCAGAGAAGCACAUUGGAAUAUUCCAAUGAGAGGCUGAAAAAGACAAAUGAAAUGCUCCGGGGGAUCAAACUUCUCAAACUCUAUGCCUGGGAGAACAUCUUCCGUGCUCAGGUGGAGAUGACUCGGAGGAAGGAGAUGACCAGCCUCAAGGCCUUCGCCAUCUACACCUCCAUCUCUAUUUUUAUGAACACAGCAAUCCCUAUCGCAGCCGUCCUGAUUACAUUCGUGAGCCAUGUCAGCUUCUUCAAAGGAGCCAACUUCUCCCCAUCGGUGGCUUUUGCAUCUCUCUCCCUCUUCCACAUCCUGGUCACACCUCUAUUCCUGCUGUCCAGCGUGGUCCGGUCAACAGUCAAAGCUCUGGUCAGCGUCCAGAAGUUGAGUGAGUUCUUGUCCAGUGAGGAGAUUGGGAAGGAUCAGUACUCCCAGCCUGAGCUCCCUUAUAAGGGCCAGAGCAGCAAAUCUCAGGCAGUGCCACUCAAGGUUGUAAACCGUAAGCGACCUUCCAGAGAUGACUGUAGGAACUUCAUGGGGCACCUGCAGAAACCGGCACCUGAUGAAGAGCCAGACAACAGCUGUGUGCGGAUCACAGGGGGAUUCUUCACCUGGACAUCCGAUGGAGUCCCCACACUCUCCAAUAUUGCCAUCCGCAUCCCACAAGGGCAGCUGACCAUGAUUGUGGGCCAGGUGGGCUGCGGGAAAUCCUCACUGCUGCUAGCUACCCUAGGGGAGAUGCAGAAGAUUUCUGGGGAAAUCUCCUGGAACAGCCUCCCUGACAGUGAGACCGGUGAGGACUCCAGCCCAGAGAGGGAAACAAACGCUGGCCCGGAUGUCAGAAUGCGGGGUCCAGUGGCUUAUGCCUCCCAGAAACCAUGGUUACUUAAUGCCACAGUGGAGGAGAACAUUACAUUUGAAAGCCCCUUCAACAAACAACGGUAUAAGGCUGUCAUUGACGCCUGCUCUCUCCAGCCUGACAUCGACAUCCUGCCCCAUGGAGACCAGACCCAGAUUGGGGAGCGGGGCAUCAACCUGUCAGGAGGUCAGCGUCAACGUAUCAGCGUGGCCCGGGCACUCUACCAGCACACCAAUGUUGUGUUCUUGGAUGAUCCAUUCUCAGCCCUGGACAUCCACCUGAGUGACCACUUAAUGCAGGCUGGGAUCCUUGAGUUGCUCCGGGAAGACAAGAGGACUGUGGUCCUAGUGACCCACAAGCUGCAGUACCUGCCCCAUGCAGACUGGAUCAUUGCUAUGAAAGAUGGCACCAUCCAGCGGGAAGGGACACUCAAGGAUAUCCAGAUGUCUGAGUCUCAGCUAUUUGAGCAGUGGAAGACACUCAUGAACCGACAAGACCAAGAGCUGGAGAAGGAGACUGUGGUCAUUGAGAGAAAGAACAUGGAGGUACCAAAGGGUCUGCCCAGGGCCAUGUCCUCCCGGGACGGGCUCCUACUGGAUGAGGAAGAGGAGGAAGAGGAUAUGGCAGAGAGUGAAGAAGAAGACAACCUAUCAUCUCUGCUGCACCAACGAGCCAAGAUACCAUGGCAAGCCUGUGCCAAGUACCUGUCCACAGCUGGCGUGCUGCUUCUGCCCCUGCUGGUCUUCUCGCAGUUGCUCAAGCAUAUUGUGUUAGUUGCCAUAGACUACUGCCUGGCCAACUGGACGGAUAGUGCCCUGGCCCUGGGCCCAGCUACAAGGAACUGCUCCCUCAGUGAGGAUUGCUCCUUCGACCACAGGGUUUAUGCCAUGGUAUUCACAGCUCUGUGCAGUCUGGGAAUUGUACUGUGCCUGAUCACAUCUGUCACUGUGGAGUGGACAGGCCUGAAAGUGGCCAAGAGGCUGCAUCGAAGUCUGCUGAACCAGAUUAUCCUGGCCCCCAUGAGGUUUUUUGAGACAACUCCACUUGGAAGCAUCCUGAACAGAUUUUCAUCUGACUGUAACACAAUUGACCAGCACAUCCCUUCCACGUUGGAGUGCCUGAGUCGCUCCACGAUGCUUUGUGUCUCUGCGCUGGCUGUCAUCUCCUACGUCACCCCUGUGUUCCUCAUUGCCCUCCUACCUUUGGCCAUAGUGUGCUACUUCAUUCAGAAGUACUUCCGAGUGGCAUCCAGGGAUCUGCAGCAGUUGGAUGACAGUACCCAGCUACCCCUGCUCUCCCACUUCUCAGAGACAAUGGAAGGUCUCACCACCAUCAGAGCAUUCAGAUAUGAGGCCUUGUUCCAACAGAAGCUUCUCAAGUACACUGACUCCAACAACAUCGCCUCGCUCUUCCUCACAGCUGCCAACCGAUGGCUGGAAGUCCGAAUGGAAUACAUCGGUGCCUGUGUGGUCCUCAUCGCUGCCGUGGCUUCCAUCACCAAAUCCCUGCACAAGGAGCUGCCUGCAGGGCUGGUGGGACUUGGCCUCACCUAUGCCCUCAUGGUGUCCAACUACCUAAACUGGAUGGUGAGGAACCUGGCAGACAUGGAGAUUCAGAUGGGGGCUGUCAAAAGAAUCGAUGGGCUUCUGAAAACUGAAUCUGAGAAUUAUGAGGGUCUUCUAGCUCCAUCCCUGAUACCAAAGAACUGGCCAGUCCAAGGGAAGAUCCAGAUACAAAAUCUGAGUGUCCGCUAUGAUAGCUCCCUGAAGCCAGUCCUGAAUCAUGUCAAUGCCCACAUCUCCCCAGGGCAGAAGAUUGGUAUCUGUGGCCGAACAGGCAGUGGAAAGUCAUCCUUCUCUCUUGCCUUCUUCCGCAUGGUCGACAUGUUUGAAGGGAGAAUCGUCAUCGAUGACAUUGACAUCUCAAAGCUGCCUCUGCAGACCUUGCGAUCCCGACUCUCCAUCAUCCUCCAGGACCCCAUCCUCUUCAGUGGCACCAUUCGGUUUAACCUGGACCCGGAAAAGAAGUGCUCAGACAGCACCCUGUGGGAAGCCCUGGAGAUUGCCCAGCUAAAGCUAGUGGUGAAGGCACUGCCCGGGGGGCUAGAUGCCAUAGUCACAGAAGGUGGGGAGAAUUUCAGCCAGGGACAGAGGCAGCUCUUCUGCUUGGCAAGAGCCUUUGUGAGGAAGACAAGCAUCUUCAUUAUGGAUGAGGCCACAGCCUCCAUCGACAUGGCCACGGAAAACAUCUUACAGAAGGUGGUGAUGACAGCCUUCGCUGACCGCACCGUGGUCACCAUAGCGCACCGUGUGCACACCAUCCUGAAUGCCGACCUCGUGAUUGUGAUGAAGCGCGGCGCCAUACUGGAAUACGAUAAGCCAGAAGCACUGCUCAGCCGCCCAGACAGUGUCUUUGCAUCCUUUGUUCGGGCUGACAAGUGACCUGGGCUAGAGUGACUCCAAGUGCCAUUUUCCCCCUCUUUGCCACCUCCUCCAACCUGGAUUUUCUAGCUGUGUAAAUCAUUUGUAAAUAAAGAGAUUAAUUAUUUCCUACCAGA